GGGAUAGGUAAAAAAUCGAGAACAAAGAGGGACGGAUCGGCCGAGUGAAUGAACAAAUCGCGGAAGGAGACGGAAGAGCAGCCAAAAUCUCGGAACCCAAAAAUCUGCACAAACGUUUAGUUCAGUUGAUUCGAAAUUCUUGAAUUUAAAAAAAAAAAAUUUUAGGGAUUUUAUUAGAAGCGGAAGGGAGAGAGCAGAGGGCAGCAAUGCUGAAGGACUCCAAGGGCAAGUGUGAGGCUGCUUCUCACAAGCUACUGAAGGAAAAAGCAAAGACUCGAGUCCAAGAGCUUCAAGGGAUGGUCACCAAUAUUCAAAAUGCCAGGAAGGAGGGUCGGACUGCCGACAUUGCUAUCUGGGAGGACCAAAUGCAUCAGAUGCUUGGCGGGUGGGGUGCCGAGCUCAAUGACCCGUCCCCUGCAUCUUCUUUGCAUGGUGGUAGCCAUGGAAGCCUUGGAUCAUUUUCUGAGGAGUUAGCCCGGCUCUUGAAACAACAUUGUGAUGAGAAAGAUGAUGCAGAAAGUCCAUUGAAGGAAUUGCCACAACCUAAGCUUGAAGGCCCAGAACCUAAUCUUCAAAACCCUCACUCGAUUAAUUUCACGGAAUUUACCGAGGACUUUUUUGUUUCUUCUAAGGAACCUCAAGAAGAUAUUUUUCAAGGAUUGGACCUUGACCAAUGCCACACUGCGUCCAAUUUCCCGAAUACAGUGGUCGAUAUCCCAGAUUUGACUACUCAAAUGAAUGAUAAUCACUUUGAAUUUCCUGAUUACUUAAAUGAAGGGCCUUUCAUCAGUCACAAUGACAUUAAACAGUCUGAAGAGGAUGUUGUGCCAAAUGUUAUGCCGGAUAUAUGUCCUCCAGUAUCUGCUUUCUUGGGGCCAAAAUGUGCUCUUUGGGAUUGUUCCAGGCCUGCCCAAGUUUUGUGUCAGGACUAUUGCAGUAGUGGCCAUGCCCUUUUAGCAAGAAAUGAAGGUCUUCCUGGGAACACUCCGGUUCUACGACCUGGGGGCAUCGCUUUGAAGGAUGGUUCACUUUUUGCUGCGCUUAAUGCUAAGACACAGGGGAAGGAUGUCGGAAUCCCUAAUUGUGAUGGGGCUGCUACUCUAAGAUCUCCAUGGAAAGAUUCAGAGCUAUUUCAUCUUUCUUUGCUCGAGGGUGAAACGCUUAGGGAGUGGCUCUUUUUUGGUAGGCCUAGAAGAGCCUUUGAGAGUGGAAAUAGGAAGCAGAGGUCACUGCCAGACUACAGCGGGCGUGGUUGGCAUGAAUCAAGAAAGCAGGUAAUGAAGGAAUAUGGGGGGCAGAAAAGGUCCUAUUAUAUGGAUCCACAGCCUUCUAGCGAUCACGAGUGGCAUUUGUUCGAGUAUGAGGUCAACAACUCAGACGCCUGUGCACUUUAUAGGUUGGAGCUCAAAUUUGGCACGGCAAAGAAAAGUUCCAAAGGAAAAUUAUCAAGUGAUCCGCUGGCUGACCUGCAGAAAAAGAUGGGAAGGCUCACUGCUGAGGCUUCUACAGAAGUUGGAAACAACAGUAAGGGAAAAGCUGGCAAAAAGGCUGAUGCUGGAAAUAUUUUUGGCUCGGAUAAUCAAACAACUCCAACUACUUAAACUCCGAGAUGAGUUGGAAAUGUUAGGUUAGCUUUGCUCUAUAAGUAGACGACGGCAGCAUUCACCAAAACCUUUAGUUUUGUGAUCGCUUAAUCAUAUCGCCUCUAAUAUGACUUGACGACCGUGGCACUUGGUUGUGAAUACUUGCCUGCAUGUAGAACGUAUAUAACAGUCAAGUGAUCAAGUGGUCAAGUUGCUGGAGUUUAGUGACAUUUUGUUUGGGUUACUCGCCAGGGAUGGCGUUUUUCUACCUAAACACUAUUUUUCGGUGGGGUGUGAUAUCCACACAUCCCAUUUUACUUCUCACACCUUUUUGAUUUUCAGCCGUCGGAUCGGAUGAAUUGAAGAAGAUCAACGGACAGAAAUUAUUAAAGGGUAUGUUAGAAGUAAAACAGGGUGUGGAUAGCACACCCCUUUUUCGGUCAUGAGGGGACCGAUAUGUUUAGUUCCUUUCCCUAGAGUGUUUUGAUGCUGGCAGGUUUCCUAAAUUCUGGAAGAUGUUUACAGGGAUCAGUUUGACUCCAAUAUCUGGAAUCUCAACUCAAGUUUCUCGAUUCG